AUGUGGCAAGCUAGCCCAGAAGCAGAUGCUGAUUUUGCUGAAAGACUAGGUUCGUUAUGCCUAAAUUUCUACCGAUGCAAGCUUAAGAAAUCAGGCAAACCGCAAGCUGGUCGAGAAUGGACUGUUAUGGCCGCUAUUGUCAAAUCAGAAGCUGUAUCUCUUCGCGGAUCGCAGGCCAAAAAUGAAAUGACUGUUGUAGCAAUGGGAACUGGAUCGAAAUGCUUAGGAAGAAAUCAAAUACCGGCUGAUGGUGGUAGAGUAAAUGACAGCCAUGCGGAGGUUCUUGCACGAAGAGCAUUCUUAAGAUAUCUGUACCAUCAACUGAGUUUAACCAAGUCUGAUAAGAAGAGCAUAUUUUGCUAUAAUUCUGAAAAAAGAUUUUACCGGUUACGAGACAAUGUAACUUUUCACCUAUUCAUUAGCCAUACACCAUGUGGUGACGCAUCUAUUUUUCCAAAAGGACCAGAAAGUGUAGGAGAUAAAGAAUUUAUUGAUAUUUUAGAAUGUAACUCAAAUAUCAAAAGGCCAAUUGAUAAAACAGAAAAUGAAGGAACUGUUAUAGGAAAUAGUAUUUAUAGAAGCAUUCCAGAUGUCGAACGCGGCAGUGUCAAUAAGAAGUUACGCACUGAAGAUACAGAAAGUAAGAGGGAUGACUCUUUUAUUGAAACCGGCUUAGGUAAUGGUAUUUUGCAUUAUCAAGCCAAAUUAUCUAAAGAGUUGCGUACAUGGUCUGAUAAAUUCAUGGAUAUAUAUCGUACUGGAGCAAAAUGUGUCCCUCGAGCAGCUCAAGAUCCCUGCCUCCCUGGUGUAAAUUAUCAUGUAUUAGGCGUAGUCCGUACUAAACCAGGACGAGGAGACCCUACUUUAUCAACAUCCUGUAGCGAUAAAAUUGCAAAGUGGAACGUCCUUGGUUUACAGGGGGCUUUGUUAUCGCACUUUAUACACCCCCCUAUUUAUCUAUCAUCGAUUAUUAUCGCAAGUUGCCCUUAUAGUGAAACAGCGCUCAAAAGAGCAGUGUAUGAUCGCAUUCUGAAUAUUAAUGAUUUACCUCAAGGAUACAAAGUCAAUGAGCCGUUACUAUUACAAAUUUCUAGUGUCUUUGAGGAAUGUAAAGCAGAAGUUAUUAAACGAUGUAAUGACAGAAGCUCCUUGCAACCCUCGAUAUGCUCUUCAGGUAUAAUAUGGUGUAGCGAUGAUACGUGCCAGCAGCAGGUGGUAGUUGAUGGACGACGACAAGGGUUUUCAAAAAAAAAUGCAGCCUCUCCAAAAGCAAGGUGCUAUAUUUGCAAAUACGAACUUUUUAAAUCAUUCUUGAGGGCCAUUAAAUCGACUAAUGCUGAUAAUAUACCAAGAACAUUACAGGAUACUGAACUCACGACUUACAUUCACUACAAAAUAGCAUCUGCAGAAUAUCGCCGAGCCAGAGAAAAAUUUUUCGAGAGAUUUCCUUACUGGCCUAGGAAACCAACAUCUCUUGAAUCUUUUUCAGUUGAUUUAGCUGAUAAUGUGACUAGUCAUAAUGAAACUGUAUAA